CUUUCCAACACUAAUAUCGCACGUGCGUAUGCUGAUGUAAACAAACCAAAACAAUAAUUCACCAUCAUAUAUAUCUUAAAUGGGCGUUCGGGGUCUUACCAGCUAUAUAGCCCAAAGGGCAGAAGUCUAUUUAAAGCCGUACGAACUCCAUUCCACGGCUCUGGUAAUAGAUGGAGAUAAUUUGGCUUGCAAUCUAUAUAAAGAUGUCACUGGAUCCUAUUCAGCAUUUGGAGGCGAUUAUGAUGAUUUCUACCGGGCAGUGCUACAAUUCUUUCAGGUACUGGCUGAAUGCUCAAUACGACCAUUCGUCCUCAUGGACGGUGGCUACGAAGAGCGCAAAUUACGCACCGUUGGCCAGCGGCUGCGAGGCAAAAUUGCAGUGAUCAAGCGCAUAAACCCCAAUGCAUCCAUUACUCUGUUCCCACUGCAUCUCAAAGAGGUAUUCGUGGACGCUGUACGGGAUUGUGGAGUUCCAGUGAUGCGUUGUGUCUUCGAGGCCGACGACGAGUUGGCUGCAUUGGCCCGAAAACUCAAUUGUCCCGUGUUAUCCUACGACUCGGAUUUCUAUAUACACAAUGUGAAAUAUAUACCGUUGAUUACGCUGACAGUGAAAGUGCUAACCAAGCAAAGGAAAACCCAACCACGAGAUCUACGUCGCCAGGAGGCUAAGCAUGUGGAGAAGCGCACCAAAGCCCACAAAAUCAUGACCGGAAUACAGCAAAGCACCACGGGUGAAGUGAAAAAACCGGGUUCCUAUAAAUAUUUAGACUGCUGCAUAUAUCGUGUGGAACAUCUAUGCGGCCGUGGAGCAUUGAGUGCCGAGAAAUUGCCUCUGUUUGCCGCCCUACUUGGUAAUGAUUAUAUAGCCAGAUCAGCAUUUCGCAAUUUCUUUGAUGCUGGCAUGGGCAAAGCAGGACGCAGUCGCAAAUUAAAGAAACAACAGCGUCGUAUACGAGUGAUUCUCCAAUGGCUAAAGACGGAGACUGCCGAAUCCGCUCUAUCGAAAGUUUUGUCGCGUCUCAAAAAGGGUCAACGGGACUCUUUGGUGGCCCAGGUCCAGGCAGCCAUUUCUGGUUAUUCCAAUGAACUGUGUCAUGCCUAUGCGUUCUUUGAGACACAUUACGAUAAUCCAUUUAGUCAUAUUACCAUAUCUAGUGACUCAGACGAAGAUGAGGAGGAGGAGGAGGAGGAGGAAGAUGAACAAAGUGCUAAGAACAGCGAUUCGGAAGGGGAAGAAGUCUUAGAGAACGAUGAUAAAAACGAAUCCGCCUCCAGCAACGAAGAGGAAAAUGAAGAUGACGAUGAUGCAGAAGAAAUCGAAGUGGAAGACAAAACGUUACUUUUUCCUCAAUGGUUUCUUGACAAACUCUAUCCCGCCCACCUUUCACGCUUCCUUGUGGAUCUAAUCCACUUGCGCAAGUACAUCAAUAAUCCCCAAAUUGAACAUUUUCCCCAUCCUGAUUCCAAUGAAUUGGCAUUGCCUAUACUAAACUAUAUCUAUGCCCUGCUAAAUCAUGUGGACGUAGAAGAAUCAUCACCUGUCGAACUGCCGAUCGAAUACACGUAUCUAACCCGAGCCCAAAGAAUCACAAAUGUAAGAUAUAAUCGCUUGGCCAUUGAGCAAGCACCGCCGUAUAGCUUCAAUCCUUCAGUAAGCGAUAUACGUCAUCUGCGUUUCAUAUUUGAGAGCAAUCUGCCGCAGUUGGAUACGGAAAAACUAUUCAAGGAGUUGGACGUCUUGCCACAGGAUUUGCAAUUAUAUUUUCUAGCUAUUGUCUAUUGGCUACACCGUUCCGAGCAUUGUGAUCUGUAUCAUUUGAAUGCCAUUAUUUUGUGCCUGGUGGUUUUAAGGACCAUCGAUGUACGUAUUCCGGCCGAGCGAGAGGUGAAGACUUUUCAACGUCGUUUCGGCAAAAUCCUGAAGCAAGAACGAGCCGUGCGCAAUAAGGAACUAUUGGAGGGCAUUAAACGUGGCGUAAAACCAUCUCUAAUGGAAUUAUCUGUGCCAGACCGCAUGCAACAUGUGCCUAAAUCGGAUUGCUAUCUGGUGCAAGAACGUCUCCUUCCGCAUUUUCAUAUGCAGGAGAUAUUUAAGAAGAAAUACGAUCUCUAUUCCACAACAGUUUUGCAUGCUUUUGCGGAAUUUCAGGCUGUGAUCUAUCAGUUAAACGCUUUAAAUUCUCUGAUCAGUUUUCCCUUACUCAAUACCCGCAUGAAUCAAUUGUAUUGUGGAGCAUUUCUGUAUAAUCUUUACGAUCUUUUGCGAAAUCGUCUCGAUGUACGCUAUCACGUGGAACAUUUUCUGUUAACCGACUCUCAGCUUAUGUUUGAUUUCUAUGGCUUUCUAUUGGAUUGGUGUGGUCAGUUUAUACCAUCGUGGAAGCAAUCGGAUGCCCAAGAGCAGGCGGUUGCCAAAGCCCAGGAAAAGAAACGACUUAAAAAGAAGAGGCAAGCGGCUCGUAAAGCUGAAACUGAGCAGAAUUCAGCAGAUCCCAAUGGGGACAUGAUUAAGCAAAGCGAGGAAGACGACGUGGAGGAUGAGUUUUAUGAUUUAAAUAAUAAAUUCUGUGGCCUUAAGAUGUAAAUAUAAAUUCACUACAUUUAAAUCAUUUGUAAUAAAGUGCUUCCACCGAUCAGUUGUAUAUAAAUUA